AACCAAAAUUCAAUUCAGAAAUCAGAACCAAGAUCCUGCAUCUCCGUCUUUUCUCCCCUGAAGAAGGUGUGCGAAGGUUUUCUGAUUCCUCUAGUGUGAGAAUCCAAAUUCGUUCAUGGCUUCACCAGAGGAGAUUGAUGAUACAUCAGAAAUUCCAUCCCCGGCAAAGAACACUUACAAGGAUCCCGACGGUGGAAGACAACGAUUCUUACUCGAACUUGAAUUCAUUCAAUGUCUCGCCAAUCCUACUUACAUCCACUACCUGGCACAGAAUCGGUAUUUUGAAGAUGAAGCAUUUAUUGGAUACUUGAACUAUCUUCAAUACUGGCAGCGACCAGAGUAUAUCAAGUUCAUCAUGUACCCACACUGCUUAUAUUUCCUUGAACUUCUUCAAAACCCCAACUUCAGGACUGCUAUGGCCCAUCCUGCAAACAAGGAAUUGGCACAUAGACAACAGUUUUACUAUUGGAAGAACUACAGAAACAACAGGCUGAAGCACAUUCUACCUCGGCCUCUUCCAGAGCCUAUAGCCCCACAACCACCAGUUGCACCUUCAACUUCUUUGCCGCCUGCUCCAUCUGCAGCUGCUGCUCUCUCUCCAGCCCUUUCUCCAAUGCAGUACAAUAAUAUGCUUUCUAAGAAUGACACGAGGAAUAUGGGUGCUGCUGGAAUUGAUCGUAGGAAAAGAAAGAAGGGUACAUAAGCAUUUCUUGCCCUGAAGCACACACAUGGCUCCAGAUAUGCUUUCUUGCGUCUCAUAGAGAGGGAAGCCUACUUGAAAUAGGUUACAGAAAUGUUGGAAACUCGGUAUAUGCAUUCCGUGUCAUCCGUAGCGGGAAGUUGUCAUAUAAGGUUUUCAAUCUUUUUCUAUGAUAUUGUCUUUCUCUUUAUUUCUUUGGGAGUAGAAAUUGAAUGUUAUUGAGCAUGUCAUCUUUAAGUGAAUGGUGGUUUUGAGAGUGGUUCAGUCUGUUACAAUCCAAAUGAUUCUUUCUGCUCUGACACUGGGGAUCUCAUGG